AUGUGCGCUGUUGCUAUGCGCAACUACUCUCUAUUAUUGUUGUUCGAGAUCCUUCCGGUUCUAUUCAAUCGGAUCGAUGCGAUUGAUACGUUCUGCGGCCAAUUGGAGGUGUUCAACGAGCAGCGAUUCGGCGACGGCGCCGUGACGGUCUCGUCGCAAACGACGUCCGACCUCAAGCAAUGCCUCGAUGUGUGUUGCGCAAUUCCAAAUUGCGAUGGCGUCACAUUCGAAGGAAUCACGAAUCCCGAGUUUGAUGAUGCCAACUGCUUAUUAGUGUCGUGCGAGCCGCGAUGCCAUCUGAAUGCGCCGAAUCGGCACUCGGCUGGUGUGCUCUCAGUACUAGUACACCGUGAAAAGAAGGAGGUCACAACUACAACCGAAAUUCCAAUAACCACUAAUCAUCAUCCAGUCGGAAGAUCACUGACGCCAUUCUGGGUUCUUGCUGUCGCCAUCAGCGUCGCUGCAAUGUGCAUCGGACUCAAUGUGACCUUGUGUUUGGUAUACUGUUGUUAUUGUCGACGAAAGAAGCGCAGUCAGAAGGCGCAUAUCUCGACCGUCGUCGGCGGCCCGACUCUUCACGCGUAUAAUCCAACCGUGUAG